AUGACUUCCGUUGAUCUCACGCAAUACAGCUAUGGCGUAUCCUAUAAUCCAUCAGACACCACCACUACAGCACCUCGUAAUGCCAAAUCAUUAAUCCAAACUCUGCAGCAAAGCAGCUCCGUGGCGUACAUCCGUCUCCAAUGGGUUGACCUCAUUAACAACAUCCGAUUCAGGGUAAUAUCUAAGAAAUACUUUAUCAAACUUCUGGAGAGCUCUCGCCCAGGUGUUGGUCUUACGAAGGCUUCUCUGGGACUAGUUUUUCUUGCAACUGCUCCCGGAUUUGGUUCUUCUGGAGAGUAUCUCUAUGUGCCCGACAUUUCGAGUUACCGGAUUUGCCCUUACGCCCCUGGUCACGCCAGUAUCAUGGGUUUCUUCCAAGAGAAGAUGCCGUUGCCGAAUGGGAGUUUGAGUGUUCCGCUCUGCCCUCGUACCUUGCUUCAAAGAAUCGUGAAUGACGCCAAAACUAAGUCCAAAAUCUCCUUCCUAGUUGGCGUCGAAUCGGAAUUCAUUUUGCUGAGGGAAACGUCUCCCAAGGUGGUAGCUGUCAACCAUGGAGAUUGGUCUGUAUCAUCAAAGCUGCCAUCUGGUGCUGUUGAGUCUGUUGUUCUGCAAGAAAUUGCCGAAACCCUCCAGGAGGCCGGUAUCGAACUUCAGAUGUAUCAUGCUGAAGCCGCUCCCGGACAAUAUGAAGUAAUUACUGGACCGCUAUCGCCUGUAGAGGCAGCGGAUGCUCUCAUAUUCACCCGCGAGACCAUCUAUAAUGUCGCCAGCAAGCAUAAACUACGGGCGACUUUUGCUCCGAGGUUGCAUAGCGACAGCUGCGGCAGUGCCGCCCAUACUCAUAUCUCCGUUCACUCCGAUAGAGCUAUCGCAACACGAGCUGAAGAUGCUGACCUCGCACCAAGCUUGAAUGCUCCCGAACGAUCCUUCUUGCAGGGUGUGCUCUCUCAUCUUCCCGCCAUCUGCGCACUCACACUUCCAACGACCUUCUCCUAUGCUCGAGUUCUCGAUGGUAUCUGGUCCGGCGGCACAUAUGUCUGCUGGGGAACGGACAACCGUGAGACUCCAGUCCGCCUAUGUGGAUCUUCUUCCAUCAAGUCCACCAAUCGCCCGCAUUUUGAAAUCAAGUCAGUGGAUGGUACUUCAAGCCCGUACCUUGCGUUUGCUGCAUUGCUUGGUGCAGGUGCUUGGGGCGUGAAGACAGGCCAGAAGCUCACAUCGGGUGAUGUGUGUGAAACGUCUGUCGCUCUUAUGACUUCCGAGGAACGGGUGAAGGUUGGAUUGGAGGAUACUGCAAGGUUGCCCCCAACGAUUGCGGACGCACGAGCGAACUUGAAAGGUGACAAUGUUAUGAGAGAUAUUCUUGGUGACACAUUCGUGGAUGCGUAUGCUAAUGUGAAUGAAACAUUGGAAAAGAUGUUUGUGGGAGAGGACGAAGACGCAACUGUUACCAAACUUGUCAACUUCUACUGAUCUUUGAGCGCUUUACGGUGUUCUUGAUGUGUAUCGUCUUUUUAGACGUACAAGUUACUUUAUAUUUUGGGAGAUAGCGCACGCUCAUGAAGGUGCUAAGCACUCGCAUGGAGGUCUACCUUAAGCAAGAAGGUCUUGGUUAUAGCCAAAUUGGAAAGAAUGCUAUGGAUAACCCCAAGUUCAUCAGUGCGUCCAUCAAUGCAAUUGAAUCCCGAUUGGACAAGGGUGUUGUUUCUUCUCUCCUACCUCAUAUGUCGGCAAUGAAUACUCUAAGAAAUGAAUUUAUCCCUCUUGGCUUUUCUCAAGCUAGUGGGAUGUAUCUGUUUGAAAAAU